UCCGGUUCCGCCGCCGGUGUCGCCGCCGCCGUUUCAUUGUUCUCGCAGUUGCGGCGUCGCCGUCCACCUCUUUGCGCUAUGUCCGGUGGCCUCCUGAAGGCGCUGCGCAGUGACUCCUACGUAGAGCUGAGCCAGUACCGGGAUCAGCACUUCCGGGGUGACAAUGAAGAACAAGAAAAAUUACUGAAGAAAAGCUGUACGCUCUAUGUCGGAAAUCUUUCCUUUUACACCACGGAAGAACAAAUCUAUGAACUCUUCAGUAAAAGUGGUGACAUAAAGAAAAUCAUUAUGGGCUUGGAUAAAAUGAAAAAGACAGCAUGUGGCUUCUGUUUUGUGGAAUACUAUUCAAGGCCGGAUGCAGAAAAUGCCAUGCGCUACAUAAACGGGACUCGCCUGGAUGACCGGAUCAUUCGCACAGACUGGGACGCAGGCUUUAAGGAGGGCAGGCAGUAUGGCCGGGGGCGCUCCGGGGGCCAGGUACGAGAUGAGUAUCGGCAGGACUACGAUGCUGGGAGAGGUGGCUAUGGAAAACUGGCACAAAACCAGUGAGUGAGGAGAGUCCCGUUGGUGAAACUCACCCCUGGCCUAUGGAAUUUGUUGGCGAGCAGUAGCGGGAGUCUGCAAACCAGCCCGCUUUUACCAAGUUUUGAUCAGUGUCUCUACUGAGUUGGAUGCUUCUUCCUGGUUUCCUGUCUGAAAAUUAUUAAAAGACAGAAUCCAAAAGAA